CUUGAACAGAUGUCAAGAGCCAUGGAAUUAGAAACAAGAAGAUCAUUCAAUAACUUCUCUUCCAGUGUGUUCUGGGAGCUGAUCUGAUUGAGUCAGUUCCUUGAAUUCUCUACCGUACCGAGGAGGUAGUUAUGACAAGAAAUGGUCCCCUGAUCGAGUAAUGGGUCUAGCAGGAGAGAUUUCUGAAUCACUCCAAGAAUGCCAACUAGGAACUAGCCCACGAAUGGAGCGUGUCGAAAGAAACAUAUGGACCCAUUUUGAGUUGAAGAUUCAUGGGUCGUUUAGAAGGGAGUCUCGCAGUCUCGCAGUCUCGCUACUUUAAUGGGAGGAAGACUUCAAAAAUCUGAACGACCCGACUACUGACUUUUGCAACAAGAGAUGUCAGUCACUUUGAAUGGGAAAAUGAAAUGAAGGUUAGAGGUUAUGAAUGACAGGCUGCUUUAAUGGGUUGAUGAUCUUCUCUAAGAAAGCUUCCUCAACAUGAUUAAGGGAAGGAAGUUCGAUUCUCCCAGCAGGAAGAUCAAUUGAGGCAGUAGUUCCAGUCGCAUGUCGCUGGUUGAUAAUACAAGCCCAAGUGCAAUUCUUGGUCAGUCACUCUUGGCAUCCAUUUCAGAAAUCACAGCCUCAGUUGUAUGUAUAGAGAUAGAACGAGAGAACUUCAUGGAAGUUGGAUGCUACCUUGAUCGCACUUCUCCAGCAAUAAUGGUGUUGCAGACUACUGAGAAUACCCCAUCAAAUGCAAAUGAGAUUUUACAUAAUCUAUCUAAAAGCAUCAAUCAUGUGAAGGAUCUUCUGGGGAAAUGCCAAACUGAAUGCCAUUCUAUUCCAUAUACAGAAGUCAAAACCAUAAUAAAACAGCUGGAGGGAGUUGUAAAAGACAUAGGUGAAGGACUGAGCUUAAUACCAUCUUCAACAUUCAAGGGCCAAGAAUAUGCAGAAGCUGCAGUACGGUCUCUUUCAACUGAGAUGCAAAAUGCUCAGUUUGAAAUUAGUCCAACUGAAAUCUCAGAGACCAAAGAGGUAAUACAGGUCCGGCCUCUUUCAAAGGAGAUACAAAAUAUUCACUUUGAAAUUAAUCGAAAUGAAAUAUCAGAGACCAAAACAGCAGUACAGGUUAUGCCUUUGGAGCAUUUACCAGAGAGAGAACCCACAACAAUGGAAACUGACCUUUACCCCAUCAAUGUUGAAAUUUAUGUUGAUGAACCUCAGUCAUUUGAUACAGAAAAUCUCACUGAAUUCUCUGGAGGCACGAGUUCUAGUAAUCAACUGAUCUCUGAAAACAGUAGCAACUUGUCUUUGAAAACAUUGCCACAAGUGGCUGAUUACAUUGAGCCUCUGUAUGAGGCCUUUUUCUGUCCACUUACACAGAAGAUUAUGGAUGACCCAGUCACAGUUGGAAGUGGUGUGACAUAUGAGAGGAGGGCUAUAAUAGAGUGGUUCAAUACAUUUGAAGAUGGUUCUGAUGUGAUCUGCCCAACAACAAGGAAGAAACUAGCAAGUAGAAAUGUGAAAACCAAUAUAGCUUUAAAGAAGGCAAUAGAAGAAUGGAAAGAAAGAAAUGAAGCAUCAAGGAUCAAGGUUGCUUGGGUUGCUUUGUCAUUGGCCAGCUCAGAAAAUAUGAUACUUGAAGCAUUAGAGGAUUUGAAGCAUCUCUGCCAGAGGAAACAACAGAACAAAGUACAGGCACGUAAUGCUGGAAUGUUACCAUUACUUACUCAGCUUCUGGAGUAUAAAGACAGGAACAUUAGGUGUGCAACAUUGGAGACAUUACGGUUACUGGUGGAGAAAGAUGACGAGGGAAAGGAUACAAUUGCACAGACAAAAGCAAUUUCAACAACAAUGAGAAUGCUGUCAAGUGAUUAUCUUCCAGAAAAACAUGCAUCUUUGUUGUUCUUGCUUGAGCUUUCAAGGAUUGAAUCACUUUGCAAAAAUAUUGGAUAUGAUACCGGGGGCAUUCCAAGGCUGAUCAUAAUGAAAUACAACAAGUCUUUUGAUGCAUUUGCUGCAGAAAAAUCAGAUGAAAUCCUACAGAACUUGGCAAAAUAUCCAAAGAAUAUUAUCUGCAUGGCAGAUAAUGGCCUCUUAGAACCACUAUUAGACCACCUUAUUGAAGGAAAUGAAGAGAUGCAGGUAGAGAUGGCAAACUACCUUGGGGAAACUUUUCUUGAGCAGCAGACCAGAACGUACGCAGCAGAGAGAACCUCUUCGGUUCUGAUUAAAAUGGUACAAAGUGGAAACUCCCUAAGAAGGAAGGCAGCAUUCAAAGCCCUAGUUCAGAUCUCAUCGUACCACCCAAACAGCAAAACACUUGUCAAUGCUGGUGCUCUGCCUAUCGUGGUUGAAGAGUUGUUCACAAGGACAAUCUUCAAUCAGUGCAUGGAUUCCAAGGAAGAAGCUUCUGCAAUCCUUGCAAACAUACUUGAGUCUGGUCAUGCUCCAGAGAAUCUCCAAGUCAACACCCAUGGUCACACAAUGGAAUCAGUCUAUGUUGUGUACAGCAUCAUCAGUAUGCUGAAGAGUUCUUCCCCUGAUGAACUCAAUCUCAACCUCAUCAGAAUCCUUCUAUGCCUAAUGAAGUCUCGUAAGUCAACAACAACCAUUGUUUCUGUUGUCAAAGAGACUGAAGCUAGCUACGACCUAAUUGAAUUGGUCAACUCCCCACAUGAUAAACUUGGAACCACAUCAAUUAAAUUUCUCACGAAACUCUCACCCUACAUGGGCCACACACUUGCUGAAAGACUCUGCAAGACCAGUGGUCAACCAGAGAACCUAAUCAAGAACCCAACUGGAAUAAAUCAAAUCACUGAAAAAGAUGCAGUUUCAGCCAACUUCCUAGCAAAGCUUCCCUGCCAAAACCUAAUGCUUAAUCUAGCCCUCCUCCACAAGAACACAGUCCCCACAAUCCUAGAAACAAUCAAUGAGAUCCUAAGGAAUGGAACAAGAACAAAAAAGUUUGCAUAUUCAUACCUAGAAGGCCUAGUAGGUAUUCUUGUCAGAUUUACGACUACACUAUAUGAACCUCAAAUACUAUUCCUGGCAAUAAACCUCAACCUCACAUCAGUUUUUACAGAACUACUCAUGACAGUGGAAAGUGAUGAAGUACAGAAACUAUCAGCAACUGCGUUGGAAAAUCUUUCGUCAGAAUCAAUAAAUCUAUCAAAACCACCAAAACUUGAGAGAUCCAAGCCUACAAAGUCCUACUUACACAAGUUUCUAUCAUCCCAUCCAUCAAAGGGUAGGAGUUUACAAGCAUGCCCAGUUCAUCGAGGGGUUUGUUCUUCAAAAGCCACCUUUUGCUUAGUUGAUGCGAAGGCUGUGGAGAGGCUGCUGUCUUGUUUAAACCAUCAAAAUGUUGAGGUGGUUGAUGCUGCACUGUCAGCUAUUCGUACGUUGCUGGAUGACAAGGUUGAUGUGGACAAGAGUGUGAGUUUGUUGAAUAGAAUGAAUGCCAUUCAACAUGUUUUGAAUGUUCUGAGGGAGCACAGACAAGAAGGCUUGCAACAAAAAUCUCUCUGGGUGAUUGAGAGAUUUCUGACAAAAGGUGGGGAUAAGUCUCUUUCUGAUAUAUCAGAGGAUAAGUUACUGCGUUCUCAAUUGCUGAGUGCUUUCCAUCACGGGGACAUGAAUACAAGGCAGAUGGUUGAGAAGAUUUUGAGGCAUUUGAAUAAGAUCCCCAAUUUCUGAAGAUGUUUUGACAUGUAUACUGCACUAACCUAUAUCAAAAUAUAAAACAUGAGGCCUUUGUGUGAACCACCAAGAAUCUGUAUCCCACCUGCUAAUUCAUUGCCGGGUUGCUCAUAGUUUCUGGUCCCACUGUUUGAAGCUAUUUUGAAUUCAGUGGGUGACCUGAAAAGACUUUCAAUCCCUGCUGGCAGAGUGGUCGAUUAGUGGUUUUAGCAAAAAAGGUUCUAUCUUAUGGAGAAUAUUACCAUUUGCAAUCAGUUGGUGCUUAUGACAAGAAAGAAACAACACAAUAUUCAAAGCUUCAAGUCUGUAUAUAGAGCAGCUGAAAGGGAAGAUAGAAUAUCAAAUCACUUUUUGGUCAAGAGCUUACAAGGAGUUUAUUCUUUUAAGUUUUAAUUGUACUCACUUUUGUUAUCAUUGGUAUGGUAUUAAUUUUUGUUUCUGUUAAAAGUCCCGGCUAGCUUUAUUGCAUUGUGAUGGUGGCCUGGUUGGCUUCAGUAGCUGGUCUCCUUUUGUAUAGCUUUGGUGAGGGAUCCUCUUCCUCCUUUUUAUGUCUAAUACAAAUACUCAUUUUUCAAUAUAUAUGUGCAUAGUUUGUUAGCAUUGAUCACUGACAACAGUAGAAGUAUCCCAAGCAAUAUAAUUGCACUAAUGGAAGGAUCCUGUGUAAGCAGAUUUUUAAUCUAGCUAGUUCUGUCUAAUGAAAUUAUGAAAAGAAUGAAAGUAAUUCCAGAGAUCAUGUUUCUUGUAAUUUCUCCUACUCCACUGGUAGUUCAGUGACUUUUGGACUUUUCUAAUUUUGGUCGGUUUUAGUUUUUUCUUUGGGUUUAUAAUUUUUGUAGGAACGUUUCUAAUGAGUCUAAAGACUUGAAAAUUCUUUGAAGGGUGGCAUUUUUAUCACUUUUCUUGAAACCUAAGCUAUAAAGCAAACUUGUCCAUCUAAUUUAAUUCAGUUACUUGUUCAAUAAUUGAGAGAGUAGUGGCCAUUUACUGAUAGGGGUCUUGAUGAUUGAGUAGGAUGACUAAUGGAUGUCUAAGAUGGUAGGAAUCUUUUUUUUUUUUGUUUUUUUUUUAUUGGUAGGGAUCUGGAAUUAAAAUCCAUAUCCAGGUCUCCUUGUGUUGAGCUUAUAAGUAUAAACAUUAUAAUUAGAAUUGAAAUAACUGGUUGUGAAUGAAAAAAAAAGAGUUGGUUGAUGAAUCAAUCGUAAUUUUAUAUUUGCAGUAGCUAUUUAAUUAAAGGAAUGAAUGAUGGCAUUAAGGAAUGUUAUCUUGCACUAACUAUUUUGUUGUGAAAUGUUAUUUUGCACUAACUAUAAAGCAACAUGUUACAUUAUUAAAGUCUGUAAUAAGAAAUAUACCUUGUGAGAUGUGAACCAAUGAAAAGUAAAUGAAUCUUGUAAGUUUUUUAAUAUGAUUUAUUGAAAUUUGAUUUAACGUGCAAUUAAAUUUUCGAAAUGCACGAUAGUUGGAUUAUACACUAAAACCAAGGUUAAAAUAUCGAUACGCCGGUAGAGGCGUAUCGGGCAGUAUCGAUAGUUUUUUUUUUUUUUUUUUUUUAAAUCUGGUUCAAAGGGGCUGGUUUGUCCGUUCACCCCUUGAACUGGUUGAAACCCCAAUACAUCCUGUAAUGGCAUAUUGGGAAGCUCCCAUAUAAUACGUAUCAAUACUUUUAACCUUAACUAAAACAAUACUUUGAACUUUGCUAGGUGCCAACUGGCUAGUACUUCACCUCCAUCAUUCUCUAUCGUGCGUGAUCACUCAAAGCAGCAAUCCUUUCUUGUUGAAGGAAAUC